GUUUUGCGGAGCUUUGAACUACUUGCCCAAGUUCCGGCCAACCCAAGGGAGAUGUAUUUCGCUCAAGCCUUGAUCGAUAUGUUCCAGGAGUACGUGCAAAAGACGGGUGUGGACCUGUCUGACCCAGAGAUUCCCCCCGAGAUGGAAAGGCUCUGGUCCAUGGUGCAAAAGGAUGGUGCAGCAACCAAAGGUGGCCGCGUGUUCGCGGAAGCAGAAGAGCGGGUGAAGCAGCCUCCAGCACAAGCACAAAGGCCACAGUCCUGCCAGUGCCGACACGUGGCGCCUGGCAUCCGUGGUGGCGGCAGCCAUGGGUGCUCAUCUACGGGAGGUGGGCUUUGA